AUGGCAGAAGUCACAGAGUACACCUUGAAAGAGGUGACCGAGCACAACACUGAGAAAGACCUCUGGAUCAUCAUCGAUGGCAACGUUUACGACGUCACAAGAUAUACUCUGGAUCACCCUGGCGGUGUGGAAUCACUGGUAGAGGUAGCUGGACAAGACGCUACCACAGCAUUCGAAGACGUUGGCCACUCAGAUGAAGCCAGAGAAAUUAUGGCUCCCUUCCUGAUCGGAAGACUGGCAGGAUUCACAAAGACAGCUCGCAGACAAGCUGUUCAGAUCGUACGCAAGGACACGACUCCCAGCCAAAGCAACAUCCCCAGCAUGAAGACCUUAAGUACGGUCGGAGCUGCAAGUCUGCUUGCUGGUACAGCUACUGCCGUUGCAUACAAAUUGCAUGGCCGCAUCCACAUUCCUGGAGCUCACAAAUACUUGCAAAAGCUCAACCUCGACAAGCUCAGCUUCCUGCAAUCCGACAAUGGCUUCCUCAAGGGGUUUCUUCUGGCUAGUGUGUUCUCGGCAGCAUUCGGUGCAGGAUUCGCCAACUACAUUUCGAAAAUCACAACCAUCCCUGGUGGAUUCGGAAGAAGCCCGAUGUACAAGAGAGUUCCAAAGUUGCCGCUCAGACAUUACGUCGGUUUCUUGAAGAGCACAGAGUUCCAGCCAUUGCCCUUAAAAUCAAAGCAAAUUCUUCGCGGAACUGGACUUGUUCGCUUGACCUUCGAACUUCCUACUCCGACAACUAGACUCGGAUUGCCGAUUGGCCAGCACGUUGCUAUCCAGGCAAAAAUCGGCGAGCAAACAGUCACACGUUCGUACACACCGACUUCGAACGACACCGAUCUCGGCGAGCUGGUUCUUCUUAUCCGACUUUACGAUGAAGGUCUCUUGACUGGCAAAUACCUUGCACAACUCAAGGUCGGUGAUCAAGUUCUUUUCCGUGGCCCUAAGGGUGCCAUGAAGUACAAGAAGGGCUAUGCCAAGAAGAUUGGCAUGGUGGCAGGUGGCACUGGAAUCACUCCUCACUACCAACUCAUCAGAAGUAUUUGCGAGGACAGAACCGACACCACCGAAGUCUCGCUAGUGUAUGCAAACCGCACUGAGGACGACAUCUUGCUCAGGUCAGAAUUGGAUGCCUGGGCCAAGGCAUACCCUAAGAACCUCAAGUUACACUACAUGCUCGACAACCCACCUGAGGGUUGGCAAUACGGUAGUGGCUUUGUCACAAGAGAUAUUCUCGAGCAAUACAUGCCCGCUCCCUCAUCUGAUGGAUCUUCCAAGAUUCUGCUUUGUGGACCUCCUGGCAUGAUCAAUGCUACGAAGAAGAACUUGGUUGAGCUGGGCUGGCAGAAGCCUGGCUCAGUCGGCAAGAUGACCGAUGACAUUUUCACUUUCUAA